AGCUUCUAUAAUUCUCACUCACUGUGUCACGACUCACUUCACGCUUCACCCUCAACCGUUCACCGCCAACGCAACCCAAAAAGUCCGAUCGUAAGCAAUCGACAUCGCAAACCGUCAACCACCAGUACCAAUCGCGUGCGCAAAAAUGUCUUCGCCCGCACCGGGGGCCACGCAGGCCACACAGGCCAAAAAGCCCAAGGGCAUCCUCAAGAAGCCCUCCGCAACCGCCACUCCCCGAGCUCCCCGAGCUCCCACGACACCCGCUCCCGAGCUCGCCGAAAUUCCCGUAACGCCCUUCCCAAUAUCCGAGCACCAACAGCGCACCGACAAGAAGCCCACGGCACGAGAACUCGCCAUCCAGCAAGCCCUGCUCAUCCAAGCGCAGCGGGACCGCGAAGACCAAAUCCAAGACUCCAUCAUCGAGCUCGCGCGGUUGCCAUUGUGCACCUCCUCUUCCCCAUCCUCCACCACCACCACCUCCCCCUCCCCCCAAACCCCAAAAACAACCUACACAGCCUCCAACCCCUCGCCCAGCGACGCAUCCCAAUUCCUCACAGCCGUGCGCCUCUUCCAACCAAGCGAAUACGAAGACCUAAUCAUCGAGCGCAACGCGCUGAACAAGUGCGGGUACUGCCUGUGCCCGCGCCCCCGCACGCGGCUCUCGGGCGGCGGCGCCUACAAGCUCCUCAACUACGGGCGGCCCGACUUCAGCAUCGUGCCGCGCGCCGAGCUCGAGCGCUGGUGCUCGCGCCAGUGCGCCCGCCGCGCCAUGUACGUCAAGGUCCAGCUCGUCGAGACCGCCGCCGCCGAGCGCGCCGGCGUCGAGUCCAUUCGCAUCGAGUUGCUUGAGGAGGAGGAGGAAGAGGAAGGGAAGAAGGAGGCUACGUCCAACUCUACUACCAAAGCGAAGGCUAAACCCGGAGCCGAGGAGGACGUCUUGAAGGAGGAGGAUGGUGGGGAAGAUCCUGCGCGACGGGUAGCGAAAGAGCUGCGGGAUUUGGAAGCUAAGGAAAGGAAGGCGGCGCGGGAUGCGAAGGAAUUGGCGCGAGAACGAGGCGAUAAGACGAACUUACCCUCUACUGGGAAGCAGGUAACGGUUACGAUUAGGGAAAAGAAGGUGAUUAUGGCGGCGCAGGAGCCUUCCUUGGAUACGGAUGGCGAGGGUCAUUUGGUUCUUGAUGGGUAUAAGACCAAGUUCGACCCCAAGGCCGAGCCUGAUGAGAGAUGAUUACAGGCUAUAAGAUACAGUUGUCACCAUUUCAAGGCUGACAUAAUGCAUACAUGAGGCGUUCUGGUUAGCAUCAUCGAUACCCGCAGGAAAGACAACAAUUUUGUAGUCUUCAAAACCAAAAUGAUAUAUUUUUAAGGCUACUUCGUUGGCUAGAAUUACGUCUAUCCUUUGUCUACGCUUACCGUUUUGUUGUAGAGAAACUACAGGGUCAGAACCUAGGUUUAGUAAAUCCAAAUCAAAAGCAAGUCA